UUAGAGUAACGAAAGUGUUUUUAAGGAACAAAAAAAGUGUCUCAUUACACAACAAUGUCACUUUCACAUAUUUUCAUUUUUCUCUUCUCUCUCACACUCAUUUCCACUCGAUUAACAACUACAAAUGGAGUUUUCUCACAACAAUCCAACAUCAUAUUACCCUCAGAACAACAAAGAACAGAGAAACUAACACAUGUUCAUUUCUACUACCAUGAAAUUAGAAACAAUAAAAACCCUUCCUUAGUACAAAUCAUUAAUGCACCAAAAAAUGUGCCUAAUGGAUUUGGUACAACUUUUGUAAUGGAUGAUGCAAUGACUGAAGGGCCGGAGUUAAGUUCAAAUGAAAUUGGAAGAGCUCAAGGGCUAUUUGGUCUUUCUUCACUUCAUGAUCUUGGAAUGUUUAUGUUGACAAAUUUUGUUUUUAAGGAAGGGAAUUUUGCUGGAAGUAGUCUUAGUAUGUUGGGAAGGAAUCCUAUUAGUGAACAAAAUAGAGAAAUGCCUAUUGUUGGUGGAACUGGUGUUUUUAGAUUUGCUAGAGGAUUUGUUAUUGCUAAUAGUGUUAAUUCCAUUUCUACCCCUGAACAUUUUGUUGUUGAGUAUAAUAUUACUGUUUUACAUCCCUAAAAUGCCCUUUUAAAGUCAUGAUCUUCUCUAACUACAUACAGGUUUGACCGCAUGCGAUCUAAAUUCAGAUUUAUAUGUAUUUUGACACUUAUAAAUUGGGUUAGAGAUAGAUGGGUGCUAUUAGUAAUUUAGUAGCAUUAGUGUUAAUAAUGCUUCAGCAACUUUGGUUGUUAGUUUGUUGUAGCUUCAUGAGAUUUUUAGUUUUUUUAAAUCUAUUUUAAUUGAUAUAUUUUGUCUUGAUAUUCA